AGCAGUGAAGGGUCUGUAAAGAUACAGUAUAUAAACUGUUUGAUUAAGGAAAUCUCUACACUUCCACUGACGAUACAGUUCAUUUAUCUUCAACAAUGGUUUCGGCACUGUCCUUUCUGCUGCUCAUCCAGAUCCUUGUAAUACAGGGUUCACCUGAAUGUCACAAAGAGUGUGACAAAGGAAUAGAUUAUUGCAUCUCUAAAGAGUGUUACCAGAAGACUGGCAGCGACCUCGCAGAAUGUAAACGGGAAUGUCAUGGGACAUACUGGGAAUGCUGCCAAUGUAUUUCCGAAUGUGAGCACAAGGAGAGCAAAUGCAAUCAAGAGUGCAAAGAGAAGCAAAAGCCCUGGGAGAAGGCGGAGUGUGAACGAGAAUGCAAGCGUGAAAUUUCAAACUGUCACUAUGAUUGUGUCCACGACGGUUAAGGACUAUUAUGUCCCGAUUGUUACAAUAUAAUUAUGUAUUGAGAUUUGUGAUUGAAUAUUCAUAGAAUUUCACUACGGUCUUACAGCUUCCGCUGUUCAUACUGUACUGUCAUAUAACAUUCACUUACACGACCGUAGGAAAAUUAUUUUAAAGACAAUAAAUCAUAACGAAACUAC